GUUUGACGGAGAGCAGGUGGAGGGACGGGUAUGGAGGGUAUAGGCAAACAGUGAUGAUAAACCUAGCUUGGGUCGACCAAGGGAGCAGGAUCGUGAACAACUUCGUUAUACAUGUUAAAAUUAACUUAGAAAUUGACAAACAUGUUCUGUGAAAAGAUUGGGCUCGUCCGGGAUUUGAACCCGGGACCUCUCGCACCCAAAGCGAGAAUCAUACCCCUAGACCAACGAGCCACACUUUCCCACUGCUCUGUCCUGUCAUCAUGUGAGCCAGAGCUUCAGGAGCUGAUGAGGCAGAUUGAUAUUAUGAUCAACCAUCAGAAGAGGGAGUGGGAGGCUGAGAUGCAGGCCAUGGAGCUCAGGCUGAAAAGUGGGGAAGAGGAACUGUUGACUUCCAGGAAUCUCAUUGAACGGAGGGACCUGGAGAUUGGAUUGCUUCACAAGCAGCUGGAAGAAGUCCAGCCUGGUCGGCAAGAGUUAGUUACCAAGUAUGAGCAGCAACUGCACAAAGUCCGGGAAGAGUUAGAUAAAUUAAAGAGAAGUUACCACAAGCUUCAGCGCAAACAGCUCAAGGAGAUCCCUGGAGGAGUGAAUACUAAAGACAUAGACCGUUCAGAGGUGACCCGACUCAAUGGGAAGAUUGAGGAAUAUCACCAGCGUUCUGUAGAGUGGGGGCAGCAACGCAGCCAAUACCAAAAACAACUGACAGCGCUGGAGGCCCAAAAUAAGAGCCUGACUGAUGAGCUCACACACAUGAAAACCCAGUGGGAAUUGUUGCAGAAGGAGAAGGAGCACAGGGAGUGCUGCUUAAAGGUGCAACAUCUGUGCACUCAGCUGGAGAAGGCUCAGGGCAGCCUGCACUCACAGGAGCUUGAACUGGAACGCCUCAGACCCCUCGAGAUGUGGUUGGGACAGUACCAGAGAGAGCAGCAGGUUAGCAGAAGGGUGCUUACGGAGGAAAGGCAGGAACUACACGCAACCCUGAACUCCCAGGAUACAUUUGUGCGGAGAGCCAGUCUCGAACGCCAAAGGCUUCGUAAUGAAGCUGCCAGACUUAACCAAGUACUGGAAGCUAAAGAUCAAGUCAUUCGCUCUCUGGAGGAGUGUCUGGUGGCUCAGGGUUGUGCUGGUGUGGAAACCCUCAGACAAGAUCUGGAGAAGACUGCAGCCAAACUUCACUGCGCCCAAGCAUGUGAGGUUCAUCUCAAGACAGAACUGGCAUGUCUCAAAGAGAGACUGGAGAGGGUGAGCCGACAGAGAGCUGACCAAUCAAAGAUGGAGGAACUGAGGAGCAUUAAAGCAGAAUACAAUUCCUCUGUUGUGGAAGUAAAAAAGGUCAGAAAGCGUCUCUGUCUGGUUAUGUUGCAGGAGCUUUGAGUUUUCAACGUGCAUACUCUAUUUGUGUAUUAACAUCUGUAUUGUGACUUCUCUGGGUUCAUUGUACAGCUCAGAGAGGAGCUCCAAAGGGCGAAGCAGACUCACAGCGGUGAGGUGGAGGGAAUGAGGAAGGAGGUGUCAAAGCUGACCACCGAGCUGCACCAACGUGACGUCACCAUCUCCACGCUGAGUGGCUCUUCAUCCAGCGUCAAACAGCAGCUCUGCAGUGAGGUGGAGCGAGCACAACAGAAGGCAGCUGAGCUUAAAAUGACUCAGGCCCAGCUGGAGACUCUACAAACUGAGAACCAGCAGCUGAAGGGUCUGCUGCAGAAGUUGGAGUCUCAGUCACCUAAGAGGGGGGAUUCAUCGCUUGCAUCCCUGAGGGAGAGUUAUGUGUCAUCUCUGAGCAGCCUGGAACAAGAAAAUCGGCAGCUAAGGCAGGCACUCGCUAUGAUGCACGGCCGACCUGAGAUCUCCAACUGGACCUGUCAGGACAAAUAUGAACAAGCUCUGCUCAGCCACGCCAUGACCGACCAACCACAGCCUGCUCCGGACAGCAGUGAAGAUAACAGACAUCAAAAACGCCAGGAGGAUGUGCAGGCAAUGAAAGCUGAGCAGCAGGAGAACGCCACUCGCUCCGAAGGGGAGAUUAAGAGACUCUUCAAACAGCUACACAACCUGUCUCAUUCCUCUGGGGAGCACUCCUCUAGCCAGGCCCAAGACAGCAGGUCUCAUUCAUCUGCAUCCUCCUGCUCCUCCUCCAGUAGCACAAGACUCACCAGGAGAAACUCAGUGCCAAACCUAAGCUCAAACGAAUCUCCUCCUGAGGGACAAAGCUCCAGCUCUGAAGACUCUCUGACCUUAGUGUCCAGAAAAAAAAUACCCUCUGCCUCUCCAAUGGAGUCUUUGUCAGUGUCACCCGCAGACGGCAUGGUCUCUCGUUUCCUGGAGGAAGAGAGCUUACGCUCCACAGAGCUGCUCCAGAGGUUGGACAUCCACAUCGAGGGUAUGAGGGAGAACAGCACCAAGACAGUGUCCAAGUACCUGCCAAGUGGCUCAGGGCCAGAGUCUGCCCAGACUGCAGUACAGACUGGUCAGUGAUUGAGUAAGGUGGAAUAAAUAUGACAGAAAGUGCCUUGAACAGCAGCGUCGAAGACUACGUUGUGGUACUUAAGUAGAUUGUACACGGUGGAGACAUUUGUGGGGCAUUUGGUGUGUGCCUCAGAAAUUCCAGUUACCUUUCAACUUGCUUAGUACUGUCAGGCCACAGCACUGAGCAUAAGCGCAAAUAAGCACUAGCCCACUCCUUCCCCACAGUGAAGGCCAAGUUACACAUAUGACAUAGUCUUACGUAGUUGAUUAGCUAGCGUGUUUUCACUAGAGGUACAUUUUUGUCCUGUCAUGUCAAGAUGAUCUUAAAGGGCAAGCGCUGACAAAGGCUGACUGAUUAAACGCUUUGCAUCACCUCACGCCUUUUGUUAGGAGAUGCAUUUGAACACACCGCAAAGACUGCAGCUGACAAGCUUUCUGUGCCUUCAUAAGGCCCGUCCGGGUCAGUAGUCCAAAAAACAAGACAAACAAACUAAACAGUGUCAUCAUAGGCUGGAUAAUGUGGUGAGAAUAAGUGUCUGCAUUGUUAGCUUUAGGGCUGCCACUCACAGUUAUUAUCAGAGAACAGUUAAAAUACAAUUUACAGCCCAAAGUGACAUCUUCAGAUAUAUUAUUUUGUCCAAGCAAUAGUCUAAAAACAAAAGACAUCCAGUUUGCUAUCAUUUAAGACAAGAGAAAGUUAACACACUGCCUUAACUGUUAGUGAUGGUGGUGGUCGGCAACUGAAACUCAAUAACAGCCAAUGGUUCUUUUUACUUUUCUAUCCAAGGUGUUUUAUGCUGUGUUUUCUGGCUGGGAAAACCCUGUAAAUCUGCUUAAUUUGGGGUCCGGAGGUGCUUUAUAUUUAAGCUAACAUUAACACUUUGUAAGUAGUAAUAAAUGCUGAUUGUCUCUGCAAUCAUAGCUUUUAUUGUCAGACCAACAGUGCUUUUAAUAGAUAGAAGUGGCCUUAAGAAACAGUUUCAGUCAUUGUGCAUUGUGCCCUGCAGCCUGUCAUAUUUGUGUGACCUCACAUAGCUGACUUUUGGUUGCUGAAUUCCACAUGAGUUACUUGUUGGAGUUCCUUUGCACUUUUCCUCGUAGGACGCUGCAUAUUCCAAUUUUUCAAGUUGCCUGGAAUGCAGCAUUGACACAAGCUUUAUAUUUACGUCCAUAGAAAAGAAUGUUGCUGUGAGCCAAAGACGUGUCUGUCCUCCCUGCAUGUCUGUCACAGCUGGGAGAAAUACCACAUAUGUACAUGUCUGUCCUGACAUUUCAGACAGUAGGGAGGGAGAGAAGGCAGCUUUUACUGCAGCUCUCCUCAUUUCCCCCAGUUACUAGUCUCCCAAACCCCUCACCAUCGCCACCUACCCACCCUGCAGAGGCCCUCGGGCUAGUCAAGUGCAGGAAUGUGUGCACCAUGCCAAUGCUGUCAUGAACCUUCCCCUGCGGCCUGCUUUGUCCUCAUCAUUAGAAAGCUGAUGGAAUGUUAAUAUCAACCAUGUGGGGCACUCAACCGCAGAAACACUGAAAGGCCAGAGGGGAAUAGUUCUAUUUUACUGCUCUCCUAAUGAAGGACGCACUGAUCGAAUGGAAAUAAAGUGGAAGAAAUUCAAGAAA